CAAUUAGUUAAUCCUAAAUAUGAUAUUCGUUAAAAUAUCUUUUAUUUUUGAAUUUAUAUAAUUACUUCUUUCAACUGUAAUUGGUAUUAUGUUGAUCGCUACUGAGUCACGAUCAAUAUUUUAUGGAUAAACGCAGAUUGCGAAAUGAUCACCGGAAGUGCGGUCUCUUGGGUUACCCUCACAAACAAGAUGGAUACGUACAGUAUUUGACAGGAGAUCUGCCUACCCAGUAACAUUCUUACUGAAACCCUACACAUAAAAUGGCAGCGAAAACCGUCAUUGCAGAUAUGGAUAGCAAUGGGAGCGACGAGACGGUUGGGCAGGACGAAGCGGAGAUGGCCUUGACCGGAAUGCACAUGUUACUUAAUAAUGGGUUCGACGAAGCACAAGCACUGUUCGAACGAUACAAAAGCGAGAGUGCACUGAUGCAUGCUGGGUACAGUUUUGUUUACUUCAUGCAAGCAUUGAUGUCAUUUGAAGAGGAUAGAAUUGAUGAGGCAGUGAAAGUGCUACAGGAAACUGAGAAAGCUUGUGACACAGACGCAGGACUCUUCAAAUCACUGAGGAAAAAACUCAGGUCCAAGAAAAAGAAAGAGUCGGACCAGCAAGUUAGCGUGGAGGAGCGUAUCCAGCGUCAGGUUGUGGUGGCAGACUCACUACUCUACCAGUCGAUCCUAAUAAUGACGAGCCAGGAUAUCCCGGGAUACAUGAAAGGGGGCUGGCAUUUACGAAAAGCCUGGAAAAUAUACGAGAAACUACAUAAGGAAGUGGUCAGUCUACAGGACAAGCAAGCUAAACUCAAACAGAGCCGAUCCAAAAAUAGUCUUCCUUCCAAUAAUGUGAACCCUGCUCAAGAGGGUGCGUAUGAUGACAAUGAAAAUGAACUCCCGGAGGAGGUUUUGACUCGUCUAUUGGGGGCAGUGAACUUUGGUUUUGGAACAUUUCAAUUGUGUAUAUCCAUGGUCCCACCUAAAAUUCUAAAACUGAUAGAGUUUCUGGGAUUCGAGGGUGACCGUGUUGCAGGGCUAGCAGCCUUGGAUUAUACUAGUCGCAGCAAGGACAUGAAGGCUCCCCUAGCAACACUCGGGUUGCUAUGGUAUCACACUGUGUUAAGACCAUUUUUUGCGUUGGACGGAGCUAAUGACUGCAGUGCUGGCACAGCAGAUGCUGAACACAUCAUUGACAGUAAGGAGCAUGAGUUUGAGCAUUCCUCCCUGUUUUUGUUCUUCAGAGGACGUAUUUGUAAACUACGGCGUAAGUCAGAUGAUGCCUUGACAGUGUAUACUCAGGCGUUGGAAGCAGCUGCUGGUCAGAGAGAGAUAGAGCUCAUGUGUCAGUACGAAAUCGGUUGGUGUAAUUUGAUGAAGCUCAACUACAGAGAAUGUCUCAACAACUUUAAACGGCUGAAGGAUGAAACCAAAUGGUCCAAAUGUUACUACACAUACCUUAUGGGAGUAUGUCUGGGUGCUAUGGGAGAUUUACCGGCUGCCGAGGAGACACUAAGGAAGGUCCCAGGACUCCUUAAAAAGAAGAACCACCAGAUAGAGGCAUUUGUGAGUCGAAGGGCAGAGAAAAUCAAAAAGAUGACACUGACCCAAGAGUACUGCCGACUUCUGACAUUAGAACUUGUCUUCCUGUGGCAUGCUCUGCCUACCUGUACACCAGACGAACUUCAACCCUACCUCACAGUGUGUGACAUGCAGACCGACAUCAAGUCCUUCCACCUCAAAUGUCUCCUGGAGGGAUCAGUGUUUAAGGAGCUUGGUGAAGAGGAACUGGCAAUUCAGUGUUUGGAGGAGUCACUAGCCAGGCACCAAGGAAUGAAGGAUGACCACCAUAUAGCAGCAUUUGCCAACUAUGAAUUGGCCUCAAUAUACAUAAAGAAACCACAGACGGUGGGGAAAGCCAAAUCAUUACUCCAAUCCAUUAAGGACACAUACAAGGACUACGACUUUGAGAACCGCUUGACCGUGAGGAUCAAUAAUGCGUUAAGACAGCUGAAGGAAAAUGGACCUGUGGCCUGAAUGAUAAACUCGUGUUUUUUUCGAGGAUUUUCUGUACACUUCCUUCCAUACUUUUUACUUCUCCGAUCGUGGGGUUAAAUACAUUGGUUUGAUAGGUGAGAGAUUGUUAAACAAUAUCAUCAUAACCUCAUACGUUGAAUCAGUUUUGUAUGUGAUAACAGCUGAUUAUUUAUCUAUGCCCCGAGGGCUGUAUGACUUUGGUAUGAUGAUGAUACAUUACAGAAAGAAUUAAACAAACUUUCUAAACAUUCUCCCCUGAUCUCAGUACUUUAUGAAUUUGAUUCUGAAGGGGAGCAGGAUAGAUCUCAUUCCCUUAAUUAUCAGAAUUACUGACAGGUUGGAUAUCAAGUGGAUGGAAUCUACCAUGGAAGGAGUUUUAUAAAUUGAUACCAGAAGGUUUCUCUGUUUUGAUUUUAUUAACUACAAUGAUGAUUUAUGAGCUAAAAUUGUAAAAGGUUGCUACCUAAUUAUAAUAUUAUUUUAGACUGUUGCUUGUUUUUGUUUAGGAAUACUCAUUUAAUCUUUGUAUUUUAUGAAAAUUGAAAGAGGAAAAAAGGAUAUAUGCUACCUCACUGUAAUAUACAUCUUUUUUGUCAAACAGCUGUACAAUUAUUAUAGAGAACAGUAACUCUGAAUUAAAAUGAUAAACAAAAAAUUUUCAAGGGAGGUAAUUAUGACAAAAGGCAUGAAUGAAUUAAAAUGAUAAACAUGUUUUUUCAACGGCGGUAAUUAUGACAAAAACAUGAAUUAAAAUGAUAAACUAAUUCUUUCAAGGGAGAUAAUUCUGAAAAAACCUCAUGAACUAAAGUAAUAAAAUAAUUCUUUCAAGGGAGGUAAUUCUAACAAAAAGCACAGGUGUAAUGUUAGGUAGCAUAUAGCCUUGAGUGACAAAUUAUCUAUGAGGUGGUGUACAGGUGGUGUAAUCUAUUUAAAUUGAACCUGUGUAAUUGAGAAACCUUAACACCAUAUCUGUCUAAUCUGACAUUUAAACCUGAUGUUGUUUACCUUUAGAUAGAUUUCACUAAUUGUGUGUUUCUCCCACCAACCUGAAUUUCCUUUGCUUUAAUUUUAAAAUAACCUUGUUAUGACACCCUAGCCUGUAUUUUUUUUCUAAAUGUAACUUACCUGCAUGCUGGACAUUUUUUUGUUUGUAAUAUCUUUUUUUUUAUAUUCUUUCAUCAACAUUAUUUAUGAUAAGAUGCAAUUGUUAUUUUUAUGAAUUUGUUUUAGUAGUUUAGAUAUAAAAAAAUCACAGUAUUGUCAAAUGAUGAAAAUGCCUUUAUUGUUGGUAAAGUAAGAGAGAUUUUGAUUGAUUAUAAUCAUUAACAUAUCACCAAUGGGAUCCAUUGUUACAUAUAAUAAAAUAUAUCAGGUCAUUUAACAUGACCUUUGACCCAUAUUAUUGGAAUGCAUUAUCAUACUCCACAUUUAGGUUGUCUACCUGGAGCGUCUGCAGGCUGACAAUUAUUUCAUGAUAAAGAAUUUAAAUUUGAACAUGUCCAUCGAUAGAUGUUGGACCAACUCUGGUAACUUACGGAUCCGCUGGAUGCCAACAAAUGAGCAAAGGGUAGUGAUGUAACGAAUGACAACAGUGUGGAUCGGGGGUCGUGUCCACUACAAUAUUUACUGUGAUGUAUCGGAUGACAAUAAUGUAGAACAGGGGUCGAGUCCACUACAAUAUUUACCCUGUAAUCAAAUCAUGUCUAGUAAUAAGCCCACCCAUAGCCAUGUAGCUGUUAAAAAUAACUACCACCAAAUGUAAUACCACCAAAUGUAAUAUCAUUGCCUUGUUAUAUCAUAUGACCACUUCACUUCGAGUAUUUAUUGGUCCCUGGUCACCUGGUAUAAGGUCAAAUGUUAUGUAUUGACCCAGGUCACCUUGUAUAAGAUCAAAGGUUAUAAAUUGGCCCCCAGGUCACCUGGUAUAAGGUCAAAGGCUAUAAAUUGGCCCCCAGGUCACCUGGUAUAAGGUUAAAGAUCAAUUGUAUUGGCCCCCUAGGCUGUAGGGUAAAUAUACAUGUGUUAUAUACAUGUCUGAAGUGGUUGAUGUGCUGACACUUGUUCCUGUCAGGAGGUUGUCCUGGCUCUGAAGAGUUCUUUGGUUCACUCAUACAG